AUGGCGACUAGUUGCACAUAUACCGCAUUCGGCGGCCGACGCUGCUACGGCAAUCGAUACAGCACCUGGAACAGCUGGGCGAGAUGGCUCGUCCUCGGCCUGGUUGUUGGCGCAGCGAUUCUCUUCUUCUUGGUCUUCUCAUGCAUCUCCGCCCGUCGUCGCCGUAAGGCUGGCAGCCAGCCUUUCCGCGGAACAGGCUGGGCUCUCGGCAAGACACCGAACCGCAACGACAACACCGCGCAGCCCUACUACGGCAACAACAUGCAGAACAUGCAGACCACGCAACCAUACUACAACAACUCGAACAACCCCGCACCCCCGCCAACCUACGGCGGCGCGAACAACAGCUACUAUGGCAAGGACAACACUGGUGUGCAGGCACCGGCGCCAGCAUAUGGUGGAUAUGCGCCGCCGCAAGGCCCACCGCCGGGUGGUAGGAAUUACUAG